CCUCUCUCCACCCUUGGCUCCUGGGCGGCGGAGGGAACUGGCCAUGCGGUGCAUGGCCUCAGCGCCCAUUCGGUUCUGGCUGAGGGAGGCGGUGGCUGGCGGCCGGGCUCCGGCUGAGCCCAUGCACGACUCCGACGCUGCUCCCAGGAGCCCGGCGCGCGGCACGGCGACCCCGGCCGCUCCAGAACUCGGUGUAGAAGACCCGACGACCCGGCUGUUUCGGGGCGGGGAUCGCUAGCCCCGAACUUCAUGCCCUGCGAUGUCCGCUCAAGUUCUGGGAUUUUUACGCAACUGGAAUCCCCUCCCCCUGGCAACACCCAGAGGAUGAGGAGCUGAUUCCCCGGAGAGAGCCACGGGGCUUUGACUCAUCGUCGGGCCAGAACCCGAAGCCCCAGAGAGAGGGACCCUUCACCUCUGGGGGUGGGGGCUUAGUUCUAGGACAGGAGAACCUUUGGUGGCACUGGACCUCGGCUCUCCGGACCUCUCGGAAAACUAGAAGAUGCCGGAGAGCGCGGCUUCCCGCCCGUGGUCCAAGGAUCUAGCGGGGCGCCCCCCACUUCAGGAGGCCGUUCCGGACUCCACCAGCGCUGUCUCCUCUCCCUCAGAUCCGGCAACCGCAGAGAAUGACGCGGGUGCCCCCACAGCCCCGGCUGCCGGCGGAGAGGGCGAGCCCUACAGCCAGCACCGCGACACCCGCCUGGGCAGCACCGAUAAGGAGCUGAAUGCAGGAGCCGCUGCCGCGCACAGCUCCGCGACAGCGCCGGGGACCCCCCGGCAGGCGGAGCCACGGGUCGAGGUCAUGGACGCAGCGGUGGGCCCCCUGAACCUGCUCCCACGGCCCUGCCACGUGCUGGUGCUGUUGAACCCGCGAGGGGGCAAAGGCAAGGCCCUGCCACUGUUCCGGAGCCACGUGCAGCCCCUGCUGGCCCAGGCCGAUGUCUCCUUCACGCUGAUGCUCACUGAGCGGCGAAACCACGCCCGGGAGCUGGUGCGGGCGGAGGAGCUGGGCCGCUGGGACGCAUUGGUGGUCAUGUCUGGAGACGGGCUGAUGCACGAGGUGGUGAACGGGCUCAUGGAGCGGCCUGACUGGGAGACCGCCAUCCAGAAGCCCCUGUGCAGCCUCCCAGCUGGCUCUGGCAAUGCGCUGGCAGCGUCUUUGAACCAUUAUGCCGGCUACGAGCAGGUGACAAACGAAGCCCUCCUGACCAACUGCACACGGCUGCUGUGCAGCCGGCUGCUGGCACCCAUGGAUCUGCUGUCCCUGCAGACGGCCUCAGGGCUGCGCCUCUUCUCCGUGCUCAGCCUGGCUUGGGGGUUUAUUGCUGACGUGGAUGUAGAGAGUGAGAAGUUCCGGUGCCUGGGCGAGAAGCGCUUCACCCUGGGCACCUUCCUGCGCCUGGCAGCCCUGCGCACCUACCAGGGCCGCUUGGCCUACCUCCCUGUAGAAACAGUGGUCUCCAAGACGUUCCCCUCCCGUGAUCGGGUCCAGCAGGCCCAGCAAGGCCCCGUGGACACCCACCUGGUGCCCCUGGAGGAGCCAGUGCCCUCUCAUUGGACUGUGGCACCGGAGCAGGACUUUGUGCUGGUGCUGGCGCUGCUGCACUCACAUCUGGGCAGUGAGAUGUUUACUGCACCCAUGGGCCGCUGUGCGGCCGGCGCGAUGCAUCUGUUCUAUGUGCGGGCAGGCGUGUCGCGGGCCAUGCUGCUGCGCCUCUUCCUGGCCAUGGAGAAAGGCAGGCACAUGGAGUGUGAGUGUCCCUACUUGGUGUAUGUGCCUGUGGUUGCCUUCCGCCUGGAGCCCAAGGAUGGGAAGGGUGUACUUGCUGUCGACGGGGAAUCGGUGGUCAGCGAGGCUGUGCAGGGCCAGGUGCAACCAAACUGCUUCUGGAUGGUCAGUGGCCACGUGGAAUCCCCACCCUCUCUGGGGCGACAGCCCCCACCCAGCUGGAAGCCCCAGCAGAGGCCAGCUCUGGAAGAGCACCCAUGAUUCCAUGGGCCUUGCUGGGGCUUGCCUGUUGUCUCGGUUUACCUGGCGCUCAGGAGCCUCCCUCCUCCCCCAGGACUGGAGGGCCUGCCUGCAGCUCAUGUAGGGGUGGGGAGGCGGAGGAUGAAGUGGGGCAAGGCCAGACUCUGCCCACCAAAGGCCAGAAUGAGGUCCUGGGCCCAGAGCCCAGCUGGUUGGGCCUCGCUGCCUGUGGCAGCCACUCUAUUUUGUUAUGGGAACCCCACCCCCUGAAUCAAAUCCAAAUAAAGUGACAUUCCCAGCCAA